AUGAAUAAAGUUGAUAUGAACGCUUUUGUAUCACAAAAUCUAUUCGACAAAUUUCCACAAAGAAUAGAAUGUAUUGAACAAUGGGAAUAUAAAGGAAAGAAACAUUUAUUCAUUGGAACUACAGAAGGUCAUGUUUUAGUAUAUGAUGUUAUUGAAAAAGAGAAUCAACAUGGUAAUAUUCAAGUUUCAGUUAUAAUUAGAGAUACAAAAUUAGUAUCAAAAAAACCAAUUACACAAAUGAGUAUAUUUGAUGAUUAUAAUAAAUUAUUAGUAUUAACAGAUGGUGAUUUAAAGGUAUAUGAUUUGAUUCAAUUUGAUGUAACAACAGGAAUAACAUUAAUGAAAGCAAAAGGAUGUAGUACAUAUGCAGUUAGUUAUCAACCUGGUUCAUUAAGUUUAGUAGCAGCAGUUAAAAAGAAAUUAGUAUUAUAUGGUUGGGAUGGUUCAGAUUUCUAUGAAUUAAAAGAAUUCAAUAUGCCAGACAUAGCAAAACAUAUCGAUUAUCGUGGUAAUUUCAUUAUAGUUUGUUUUAAAAAAGUUUAUAAUAUCAUAAAUACUCAAGAUGGGUCAGUUAUAAAUGUUGACGCUGAUAAAUUAACUUUUACAACAUUUUUACAAGAAAAUGAAUUUUUAAUGGUUAAAGGAAGUAUGUCAUUUUUUAUAAAUACAGCUGGUAAUCCAGUUAGAAGACAUUCUAUAACAUGGCAAGAUGCACCAAGUUCAAUGUCAAUUUAUCAACCAUUUGCAAUUAGUAUAGAACCAAGAUUAGUUGAAGUUCAAAUUUUACCGGAUCCAAAUGAUCCAAAGACAAUAUCACAAUCGUUGUUUUUACCAGCAUGCAAAUCGAUUAGUGCCAAGAGGGAUAUAUAUGUUUCAUCAGCAACGAGUAUUUGGAGAUUACAACCAUUGCCAAUAUUAGAUUUGGUGGAUCAAAUGGUGACGAAACAAGAGUAUGAGACAGCAAUUAAUUUAUUACAAACUUCAAAAGAUAUUAUACCAGGAAUUAAGGAGAGAUUGAUAAAGAUUAAAACAUCGGCAGCCUAUCAUCUCUUUUCAAAGGAACAAUUUCAAGCUGCAAUGGGUUAUUUUAUAAGUGCACAAGUUGAUCCAUUGAAAAUCAUUUCAUUGUAUCCUGGCUUGCUACCAGCACAUUUACAGGAUAAACUAUCAACACCAUUCAACAUACGUGAUAUUGAAAACAAUCCAAGAGCAUUACCAGAGUUGGAGCAUUACUUGGUCGAAUUUAGAAAGAAUAAAAUCGAAUAUUCAUCACCACCCGAACUAUUAAACUCUGGCUAUACAUUACAAGAGUUGGUGGAUACUACACUUUUAAAGGUUUAUAUUAAGCACAAGGCGUCUUUGAUUCCCCACUUUUUCCAUCUCAAGAAUCAUUGCCACAUUGAAGAGUCGGAACGUGUGUUAUUGGAAGAGAAGAAGUUGACAGAACUAAUUCUAUUUUAUAAAUCAAAGGAUCUUCACAGAAAGGCAUUGACACUAUUGGCAAAGAGUAGUAAUAUAUCACCAAACGAUACCAUUUCCUAUCUCUCACAAUUGGGUGAAAAACAUAUUGGCAUCAUUUUAGAGCAUUCCAAAUGGGUGUUACAAAAGUGUCCAGAGGAUGCUUUAAAGAUUUUCACAGUCGAUAGAAAGGAUCCACUCUCACCAGAUGAUGUAAUUCCACAUUUGAAACAAUGUGCACCCUCAUUGUUACGUCCUUACUUGGAGCAUAUCAUCAAUGAUCCAAUCUCACCAAAUAAGAAUCCAGAAUAUCACAAUCAAUUGGUUUUCGAAUAUUUAGGCUCAAUAUUGGAAUUAAUUAAACAAACACCAAACUCUGCAAUUGUACGUGAACCUGGUUUAAUACCAGCCGGUAAGGAGAGUGGCGAGUUGGGUGAACUUAGAACAAAGAUCAUUCAAUUCUUGGAAAACUCAAAAUACUAUUUACCAGAGAAAAUGUUGUCACGUUUCCCUUCGAAUGAUCUCUACGAAGAGAGAGCUAUCCUAUUAAGUAAAAUUGGUCGUCACGAGCAAGCAUUGGCAAUCUAUGCUCACAAGUUAAAAAAUUUCGCCAUGGCAGAGGAAUAUUGCGAUCGUCAUUACAAUAAGGACUCUGAAGAGAGUAGAGAUGUUUAUUUAUCAUUGUUAAAUGUUUAUUUAAAACCAACCGAUGCAAAUACAUCUCCACUAUUAGAUCCCGCUUUAAAACUUUUAAACAAACAUUAUCGUUCAAUCAAUACUCCAAAAGCAUUGUCACUUUUACCUUUAAAUACUCCAAUCGAUCAACUCUAUCCUUUCUUUGAAUCGGUCAUUAGAGAUAAUACCAAAACCAAAAGAGAUAAUCAAAUCGUAAAAAAUCUUUUCAAAUCUGAAAACUUUAAAAUCAAAGAUGAACUUUCUCAACUUAAAACUGGUGUCAUUAAAAUCACUGAAGAUUUAACUUGUCCAAUUUGUAAUAAAAUAUUUUUAGGUACUCAGGCUUUUGUUGCUCGUCCCGAUGGUACUGCUUUACAUUAUCAUCAUAAAAAUGAUAAACAACAUCAAAGUUGGUUCGAAUAA